CGUUCAUCUGCGCCCCCAGUCUAGAUCCCCUUUCAAAGUCUUUUAGGCGCGUCCGCCCCCUGGCAAGUUCAGAGUCAGGGCGGGGUUGCCCUCGAAGGAGCCUGAGAAUGAGAAGGUUAGAGGCGGGUGAGCUGGCUGAAGCGCGCAGGGUAAACUAGCGAAGACCAAUUGCCGAGGCAUCCUGAUUGACUUGUGAGUUCCCCUAACAACUGCCGCUGCCAUCAUGGCGGACUUUUCAGCUUACGAAAUGGCGGACGCUGUGCGGUUGUCCUUCAACGUGUGGCCGAGCUCAAAGCUUGAGGCGACCAAGUGCGUCGUCCCAUUCGGGGUCCUCUACACCCCGCUCAAGCCCCUUCCCCAGAUGCCGGUGCUUCCAUACGAGCCAGUCCGCUGCCGCUCCUGCCGGGCUGUUCUGAACCCGUACGCUCAGGUCGAUUUCAACGGCAAGAUCUGGAUCUGCCCGUUUUGUUAUCAACGCAACCACUUUCCUCCGCACUACGCUUCUAUCUCGGACACGAACCUUCCAGCGGAGCUCUACCAGCAGUACACCACAAUUGAGUACACCCUCCCCUCUCGGCAGACGGCGCCCCCCGUGUUUCUCUUCGUUGUGGACACUUGCUUGAUCGAGGAGGAGCUGGGCCACCUGAAAGCGUCCCUCACGCAGGGGCUGUCGCUGCUGCCAGAGAACGCCCUGGUUGGUUUGAUCACCUAUGGCACUCAGGUCCAUGUCCACGAGCUAGGGUUUGCAGAGUGUCCCAAAUCCUUUGUGUUCAGAGGCAACAAGGAUAUCGCCAGUCAGCAAAUCCUGGAGCAACUAGGUCUGGGUGCAUCUGCUCAGAAGGGUCAGGCGCCAGUCAACGCGCAGGGGCGGGACGGGCUGCCAGCUGGCGGGGGCGUCAACAGGUUUCUCUUGCCGGCGGCAGAGUGCGAGUUCCAGCUCCAAGCGGUACUGGAGGAGCUUCAGAAGGACCCCUUCCCUUCCUCCGCCGACUGCCGCCCUGCCCGCUGCACGGGCACCGCUCUCAGCGUCGCCGCAGGGCUCCUCGGGGCGUGCGUUCCAGGGACCGGAGCGCGCAUUCUCACAUUCGUCGGUGGCCCCGCGACCGAGGGGGGGGGUACGAUUGUGGCGAAGGAAUUGGCGGAGCCGGUGCGCUCGCAUAAGGAUUUGGACAAGAACGCUGCGCCGCACUACAACAAGGCGGUCAAGUUCUACGAGGGGCUCGCGAAGCAGCUCGUGACGCAGGGCCAUGUGCUGGACCUGUUUGCGUGCGCGCUCGAUCAGGUUGGGGUCGCCGAAAUGCAGGUCUGUGUCGAGAAGACUGGCGGCUUGGUCGUUCUUGCGGAGAGCUUUGAGCACCCCGUCUUCAAGCAGACGUUCCAGCGCGUUUUCGAGGAGGGGGAGCAUGCACUGGGGCUGGCCUUCAACGGGAUCUUUGAGGUAAAUACGUCCCGUGACGUUAAGAUCGCGGGCGCCAUCGGGCCGUGCGCGUCGAUGGAGGCGAAAGGCGUGCAGGUCGCUGACGUCAGCGUCGGGAUCGGGGGGACGACGGCCUGGAAGAUGUGCGGGCUCAACAACAGCACGACGCUCGCGACAUUCUACGAGAUUGUACCAGCCAUGCAGGGGGGGCCGCCCGGGGGGGCUCAGGCGGGCACGCAGGCGGCGCAGCAGUUCUUCUUGCAGUUCUUGACGCACUACCAGCACUCGAGCGGCGAGACGCGGUGUCGAGCCACGACGAUCACGCGGCGGUGGGUGGACGCUGCGGACCCGGGGGUGACCGCGGAGCUGGUGGCCGGGUUCGAUCAGGAGGCGGCAGCGGUGCUCAUGGCGCGGCUAGUGUCGUUUAAAAUGGAAAACGAGGAGGAGUUUGAUACAACGCGGUGGUUAGACAGGAUGCUCAUCCGGCUCGCUCAGCGCUUUGGGGACUACCGAAAAGACGACCCCACCUCUUUCAGCUUCUCCCCCAACUUCUCCAUCUACCCCCAGUUCAUGUUCAACCUGCGCCGGAGUCAGUUUGUGCAGGUUUUCAACAACAGCCCCGACGAAACGGCCUACUUCCGAAUGGUGCUCAACCGGGAAACAGUCGUCAACUCUCUAGUCAUGAUCCAGCCCACCCUGAUGUCGUACUCAUUCCACGGCCCCCCGGAGCCGGCGCUUCUAGACGUCGCCUCCAUCGCCGCGGACACCGUCCUCUUACUCGACGCUUACUUCUCCGUUGUGAUCUUCCACGGGUCAACAAUCGCGCAGUGGCGCAACGCGGGGUAUCACAACCAGCCAGAGCAUGCGGCUUUCGCGGCGCUCCUAAAAGUGCCUCACGAGGACGCAGAUGCGAUCAUACGGGACCGGUUCCCCGUACCACGUCUGGUGGAUUGCAACCAGCAUGGGAGCCAGGCCCGCUUUCUGCUGGCGAAGUUGAACCCAUCAGCAACGUACAACUCUGCGACUGGUCCUGCUCCGGGUGGCGACAUCAUAUUCACCGAUGAUGUCAGCCUACAAGUGUUUAUGGACCACCUGCAAAAACUUGCAGUGCAAUCAUAGAUGUCCACGCCUGCUUUCCAGUCGUCCUUAUAAGGCGGCUUUGCGUUUCUCUAACAUAGUGUUACACGGAAUAAGAUUCGGCCAAUCUUUUGUAGACCGGAUCCGGUGAAUGCUAAGGAUCAAUCUCUGCUCAACCCAUAUGGAUUCAAAGACCACUAGGUGCGUGGA